UCCAGUAUCACUGCCAACAUGGCAGCCCCCAUGAGCUCUGAGAUGUCAACCUCAUUAUUGGAUGACCAUGUUGUUAACUACAUUAAUUCCAAAUUCACUGACAACAUCAGAACGAUAUUUAAUGCCAAACAACUAUACGAAGAGACCCGGGCAAAGAAAGAGUCUUUGGAAAAGAAGGUCUCACUUGCCAGUUCAGAAGUUCCAUCAGAAAUUAAGGCAAUCAAAAAUGCUCAGACUAUCAGCAAACAGAUUAAGAAAGUUGGUGAGAAUCAAGAAACAGUGAGGCAUGAUAUUCUGGACCAUCUGCGUGUACACAAACCCAUGCUGGAUGAGCUGACAGUACUCACUCAGCAGGUGGAGGAGCUGGAACAAUACACCAAAUACCUUAGCAUUGUUGCAAAGGUGGAAGAGUGCAGCUCCCAGUUACAAGCUGCACUAAUCACAGAGUCUAUGGGCAGUGCAGUGGAGGUGUUUAAUAGUCUGACUGCCCUGUACGACAGUUUGGAGGAGUCCUCGUGCAAAAACCUGGUGCAGUUCACCAAGGAGACAAUCUUAUUUUGGAACAAGUUACUUAAGGAUAAAAUAGCAGCGGAAUUUGAGGAUGUUCUGAAGGCAAUGCGAUGGCCACUGGUAGCAUCAACUAUUAAAGCACCUAUUGUUGCAAAUGCAACUGAGAUGAAGUCAAGAAUGCAGUCGCUCUUCAAGCAACUCUUACAACUUGUCCUACCUGACACCAUCUCUAUCGAGACCCAAGUGUCGAGCCCCACCCUGCUGAAUAUCCCGGGGCUGAAGCCCCUCAUCCUGCCCCUCCAGCUGAUGCUGAAGCCACUGAAGAAGAGGUUCAAGUAUCACUUCUAUGGGAAGAAACAGACAAACAGCCUCGACAAGCCGGAGUGGUACUUCACCCAAGUGUUGAGCUGGAUCCGAGACCACAAUGACUUCCUCCUGAAGAACAUCCAACCCUUGCUGAAGGAGGCUGGCCAUGACAACCUCGAUGCCAAGGUUGAGUUGAUGCGUGGCCUGGUGAUACUGGUAAUGGAGAAGAUGGUCAAUGACCUCCCGGAGCUGGUGUAUGAUGAACACUUCUUCUCCCACAUGGUGGACGAGGCCCUGCUCUUUGACAAGGAGCUGAGACUCACCUACAACUACCCUAGCACAGAGCCCGGCUGUCUCCAUGUGCUGUCCUCAGGCGAGGCCAUCGACAAGUGGCUUAUCAUAGAGAAGAGGUUUGCCAUACAGAAGAUUGAGGCAAUGCUGUCGUCUCCCACAGCCUGGCAGUCCCAGUACAAGGACAUCACUGACGUGGACGAGCUGAAGGUGCCUGAGUGUGGGGAGAGCUUCAUGACGCUCCUCCUCACCAUCACAGACCGGUACAAGCCACUGCCUGAUGUAAGCAGCAAGUUACGCUUCCUUGGGCUGCAACUUGAGCUACUGGAGGACUUCCGUGUUCGUGUGGUGCAAGUGAUGAAGCAGGAGACACACAACCCUGUAGGGAGCUGCUUCUGUGCUAUACUCAACACAGUGCACUAUGUGGGAGAGGUCCUCCAGGAGUGGAGUGAGACGGUGUUUUUUAUCCAGCUAAUGUAUCAAAAAUCCACAUAUUCCCAGAGGAUGAAGAAGGAGAAACAGAGUAAAGCAAAAGGUGACCGACCCCGGUCUCUCUCCCUCAGCCAGUCCGCAGACUCCAGCAAGCUGAGUGAGGACCUUGACAUCAGCAACCUGCCAACUCUGAACACCACCGUGUUUGAUGACAUCACUGAUCUGUUUGAGUCCCUCAAGGUGGACAUGUUGAAGAACAGUGUGAGCUAUGUCUUCACUGACUUCCACGCCAGGAGUCAGCCCUACAGGAAGGACAGAUGGAUUUCUCUACCAUCCCAGAAAGACCUGAUGAUCACGCUGGGUCUGUCAGCCUCAGCCUGUGAGAUGCUGCUCGUCCUCAAGGAUCAUCUGGCUGUCAUGGAGGACCUCCUCAGCAAGCCACUGUUCCACAAGUUCUGGCAGCGGUUGGCAGAGAAAAUAAAUAAAUUCAUCCUUGAUGAGGUGAUCUUGUCCAACCACUUCAAUGAAGGGGGAGCAGCACAGCUUCAGUUCGAUAUGACUCGUAAUCUCUUCCCACUGUUUGGCGAGUUCACCAACAAACCAGACACCUACUUCAGAGAAGUGAAGGAAGCCUGUACAUUACUGACAUAAACCGGCUCCGCCAUCCUCCUGAAGGAGGUUCUGCACUCAGCCCUCCAUGAAGCCAAGAAGGACCCUAAUGCCAAGUCCGCAGACCCUAAAACUGCCUUACACGAAGUAGGGAUCUACAAGAUCUCACCUAGCCUUGCAGAGUCCAUACUGAGUAUGAGAACCAACCUUUCUGUCAGGUGAUCAAGAGGAACAGUGACAAGUUCUGAAGGUGUUCGUCUCAUCCUCGUCCAUCAGGGUUAUAUUUUCUCCACCUUAUAGUCUGGGUUUUGCCAGGCUGGGCUGAACAUGGUAUACUAUUUGGUAUUAAUAUACUUAAGUCAAGAGGAUUCUCAGAGGUAGCUGCAAUGUAUAUCUUAUCUUUAGAACAGCGUUAAUAUACUGUUGUAUCCUUAACAUUAAAAAUAAAA